AUGGCCGCGUUGGUUCAAACGAUUCCGCAAAGUAGUACGGUACCUGUGCUUCAGACGCGUCCUUCCUCCUCUUCCGGCACCUUCAACGCCCAAAAUCAAGCCUCGCAUAUCCAGAGCAUGUCGUGGACUUCCUUCAAUGGAAAUUCUGGAAACUAUCGAGCAGGACAUCCGGUAGUGGCGCCUUACGCCUACAAUUCAAAUCUGGGGCAAUCGUCCCCAAACCGCCAGUCGUGGUCUCCCCAUCUCCGCCCAGAACAUCGCGCCUUUUCCGCUCCUACUUCCCCCCAAGUCCCGGGGAAUCAGGCCUACGCUACCCCCCGAAACCCCCAUAUUGCAGCUGGCUCUGUAUCGAAUUCUUCUUCUUCCAACUCUUCCUUUCGUUCCCAUGCUUCCAAGGACGACAGUGCACUUCCCUCGAGGCAACCGAGGAGUGAUCAGCCGCUCCGCCCCCUAUCCACCGCCAACCUCCCUUCCCCUUCCGUUAUGAACAUAAACUCCCCCAAGCCCUCUCCGAACCGUUAUCGCCGUGCCAAUCAACGGGCGGAAGCCGCGGCAUCGACUGCAACUCCUGCUCCAGUCCCGACCGUGGUGGUUGACGAUCACAGCACUCCAACUGUGCCUCGACCGAGCAUGCAUACCCGAGUGGUCAGUGUAGAUGAUGUAUCACAUGGCGAGAGAACACAGCCAGAGCGCUACCGACGUCGAAGCUUGGGCAAUAUGGACUCCUCCGCGUAUCCCAACCUGCAACUGGAUCUCCAGUCUGCUGCGCCCGGACCUGCCACGGGACCUGCAUCGGGACCUACAUCAGGACCCUACGACUUCAUUGCUUUCGAUACCAAUCCCACUCCACGGCCAGUGUCUUCACACUCUCACCGAGACAGCCUCGGUAGUAAUCACUCGGCUCAGUCAUCGACUUCAUCGACCCCUGACUCCAGCUCUGCGACAAGUAAGACCGGCAAGUCUGAUGACAAACGAACCACCAAACCAUCGCCUUUGUCACAACCUGUCUCGACAGAAACUGACACCCCCAAAACUACUCCUCAACCCGAAACACGCAAAGCGACUCCUCCUUUAGAUUCCCCCGCUGCAAAGCGUCUAAAUGAUUUGAAAAAUGAAUCGAAGCGCCCCGGCAAAUCACGUCUGAGACGGGCGUUCUCCUUUGGCAGUGCCUCUGAACUCCUCAAGAACUCAGCACAAACCAAUGCUGCCAAGCGAGAAGCCAUUCAGCUUGAGAAGGAGCGCCGUGAAGCGUUGAAGGAAGAGUUGGGACCUGAGCAGGCCGCAAUUGCCGAGCAACAGGAGCUGAGUGGAUUGGGUAACAGCAUCUACUCUAACCAGGGUCACUUCUUCACCGGAUCUACGGACAACCUCUCCGUCUCAUCCACCGCCUCGUCUGCUUCGAUGAUGCUACGCAAAAUGGGCAAAGGAAUGAAACGGUCAACUCGCUCAUUGGUUGGCAUGUUCCGACCGAAGUCAGUCGCCAGCAUCGGUUCCAUCGAGGCACCGGCUGGUGAGACUCCGCCCCCGCAGAUCACUGUCGUCAAUGUUGAGGCGGAGAGGGAGACCGUCGCUGCCAACCCAGAUCUCCAGGGAAUGCCCCGUGGAAGUACAGUCUUCCCACGAGUCGAGGGUGGUUCAGACAUGAGACGGUCUAUUUCCGUCCGGGAAAGAGCUGCAUCCGAAAACUCCCAGUCGCGUAGAAGCAUUGUGGGAGGAGACCGUGAGCGUGCGGAGAUCUUGGCCGCGGUUCGCAAGGGUAUCCUGAAAAAAACUCCCUCCGACCUUGGUGCCUCGCCACAUGCAACCAACGGUGGCGACUCACCGCACUCCAGUGCACCUCCCACACCCGAUGAGGCCGCACGAUCGCCCGCUCACCAGACCGACUCUGUCAAGAUCGCUGGGGAAGAUUACUUCCUCUCGAGCGCAGGACGUUUCACAGCCUCCGAGGCCAAGAGUGCACCUAUCACUCCCCAGGCCGUUGCCGGUAGAAAUAUCGUCUUCAGCCCUCGCAUUCAGUUCCACGAGACUUGGCCUAGUGGCGAGUACGAUCGACGUGGAGAGAUUGCGACCUGCAACCGUUUAACUCCCCUCCUUGCUCAGCAAAUUCGGGAGGAAAUCAACAACUUCAAAAUGGAGAUGGAAGUUCAUGAGAAUUCCAAAAUCUACACGCACUUCAUCUAA